AUGGGAAAAGCCUACAGAGGGAGAAAAGCAGGAGACUGGACCCCAUCCCCUGUGACGAUGAGUUGCCGUCCAGCUCAGAGGACACUGGUCGCCAUCAAGCAUAUUCAUAUAGACGAAGGGCUCCUCCUUCACGAAGACAGUGAUGGGAACCAGAUCCCCAUGGAGAUCGCUGUCCUAUACAAACUAGGGGCCGAAUCAGAGUGGCAUUCAGCACACAUUCACCUACUGGACUGGUACAUUGUGGACGAGGAGCUGAUCCUGGUGCUGAAGAGACCGAUGCCGGCCGUAGACCUCAGCAACUACAUUGAAACCAAAGGAGGCUACUUGAAGAAAAAGGAAGCUAAGAUCAUAAUUAAGCAGUUGAUGAAUACAGCCAUUGACCUCCAGGAGAAGCACAUUUUCCACCGGGACAUCAAGCCGGAAAAUCUCCUUAUUGAGACCUGCAUGAAGGCGCCACGAGUUCACGUCAUCGACUUCAGUCUGAACUGUUUUGGCGGAGAAGACGACGCCUUUGACACCUUUUAUGGUACUCACGUCCCCCCAGAGUGGUCCAGUCGGGAGGAGUACAAAGCGGGACCCUCGACAGUAUUCCAGAUCGGAGUGGUCCUGUUCUUAAUGCGACACAAGGCGGCAUCUACACCAGAGAUGUCCUUUCUGGAGCUGAAUGAGACCAGUUGGCUUUCCACAAAUGGCAAAGAUUUCUUUGAGGCGUGCUUUCAUGCGGACCCGGAUAUUCGAUUCACCCAGCUGAAGCAUCACCCGUGGCUGAGAUAG